CCCUGCCCCGGAGCCAGAGCAGCGCCUUGGAGGGCCCGUGGAUCUGUGUCUUGCUUCAACAGUGUUUGGACGGAACAGACCCGGGGACUCCCACUUCAGCUUCCGGCCGCCUUACUUGUCUCUUCAGCCGCAGCCUCCGGGACCAUCUCCUCGCCGCCUUCGGCUCCUAGGACCAGCCUGCACCGUCCUCGCGGUCAGCCCCAUACUCCGGAUCAGCCAUGACCUCUCAGAUCCGUCAGAAUUAUUCCACCGAAGUGGAGGCUGCCGUGAACCGCCUGGUCAACUUGCACCUGCGGGCCUCCUACACCUACCUCUCUCUGGGCUUCUAUUUCGAUCGGGAUGACGUGGCUCUGGAGGGCGUAGGCCAUUUCUUCCGCGAAUUGGCCGAGGAGAAGCGUGAGGACGCCGAGCGUCUCCUCAAGUUGCAGAAUGACCGCGGGGGCCGUGCUCUCUUCCAGGAUGUGCAGAAACCAUUUCAAGAUGAGUGGGGUAAGACCCUGGAGGCCAUGGAGGCCGCCUUGGCCCAGGAGAAGAGCCUGAACCAGGCGCUCUUGGAUCUGCACGCCCUGGGCUCUGCCCGCGCAGACCCUCAUCUCUGUGACUUCUUGGAAAGCCACUUCCUGGAUAAGGAGGUGAAGCUGAUCAAGAAGAUGGGCAACCACCUGACCAACCUCCGCAGGGUGGCCGGGUCCCAGGCCGCGCAGACCGGUGCGCCCCAGACGGCUCUGGGCGAGUAUCUCUUUGAGCGCCUCACCCUCAAGCACGACUAGGAGGCCUCUGUGCCUUCAAGGGGCUCCCCCUGCUCUGCACCAGCCCCCCUCAGCCCACCUCGGGACGUCCCCCUGAAGGAACCCCUCAAGCCACCAGGCAGCUUCGUAACCGCUCUGGAGCCUCUCAAGUCUUGGACCAAGUGAAAAUAAAGCUUUUUGAGACAGCA